AUGCUAUCACAUACUCUAUCUACUGUCGACAAUGCAAACACAUACUCUAUCUACUGUCGACAAUGCAAACACAUACUCUAUCUACCGUCGACAAUGCUAUCACAUACUCUAUCUACCGUCGACACUGCUAUUACAUACACGUAG